AUGGCAACUUCUAGUAGCUUUAAUAAGCCCAAAACAAAGGGAAAGGAAUUGAUUGAUGAGGUGUUUUCUUGGUCAUUUGAUGCUGUUCUCAAUGAAGAUCAUUACAAGGGAAAGGUAAACGAAAUCGAAGAAAGAUUUUCAUCAACAAGUGAUUACACCAAGUCGUUCAUCAAGCCACUACUUGAGGAAACACAUCAUGCUUUGAUGUCCAAAAUGAGAACAAUCUCUAGUGCCUCUACUCGUGGGAUCAUCAACAUGUCAAGAUUCCCUAACAUAUAUUUGGAAAGUAAGGGCAAAAGUGGAAAAGGGUGUUAUGAGCCCGAGGUGGGAGAUCUCAUAGCUGUUACAAAUGGAAAACCUAGAUGCAUUGGUGAUAUCAAUCAACCAAAUGGAAGUCCCUAUGUCAUUGCUUUGGUUCAAAGCGUCUUCAAGGAUGAUGUGAUCCAAGUAAGAUCCAAAAAACCCAUUGUGUUUAAUGGGAAAGUAUCUAACAAUAGAGGGAAACCCAUGUUGUUUGUGGUUCAUCUUGUGAAUUUGACACCUAAUAUCCAUAUAUGGCAAGCUUUGCACUCUAAAUUGGAUGGGGAGAACAUGAAAAUCAUCAAUAAAGUACUCCAAAGUGACUCAAAGGGUAACAAAGAAUGUUCACUAUGCUCCAUUCAAGAUUCAAAGAAAUCUGCUUCACUAAACUUACAACACACCAUGAACACUUUCACUCUGAACCAAUCUCAAAAAAAGGCAAUAUGGAGUUGCAUUGUUGCAAGAGAAUGCCAUCAUCAAGAAACCGUGAAACUAAUAUGGGGUCCACCAGGAACAGGAAAAACAAAAACAGUUGGUUGUCUUCUAUUCGCUCUAUUUAAAAUGAAAUGUCGCACAUUAACAUGUGCACCUACCAAUAACGCGGUGUUAGAGGUCGCAUCACGUUUUAUGAGUCUUGUAAAAGGUUCACUAGAGUAUUAUACUUAUGGAUUUGGAGACAUAGUUUUAUUCGGGAAAGGUGAGAGAAUGAAAAUCGGUGGUUUUCCAGAACUCUAUCAAGUGUUUCUUGAUAAUCGAGUAUCUGUUCUUGCUCGUUGUUUGUCUCCCACUUUUGGCUGGAGAAGCAAGGCAAAUUCGAUGGUACAAUUACUGAAAUACCCUCAAGAUGAAUACAAAUUGUACUUGUGUGAUAAAAGAAAGGUGGAUGAUGAAGCUAGCGAUGAUGAUGAGUGGGAGAUUUGCGAGGAUGAUGGUUUAAAAGACGUACAUGGGAAGGUGAUAGUUUACGAAAAAGUGCUUAAAAUCAAGGAAAAGUUAUCUUUUGAGGAUUAUAUCACAGAAAAAUUCAACAUUCUUGAAGAAAAACUGACAACUAUGCUUAAAAACAUGUACACACAUAUGCCAACUUCUUGUCUAACAUUACAACUAGCAAAGAAAAUGAUGAGAGUGAUCACCUUGUUAAGAAAUACCCUCCAAGGGGUUGAAAUUUCUGAAGAAAACAUGGAACCUAUGAAUGAGUUGGUAGUGAUGAAGAAGGAGUUCUUUCAAGUUCUUGAUCAAGUCCUUCGUGAAACCGUUUCUUUCCCUAAUGAUCAAGAAAUCGGAAACUUUUGUUUGGAAAAUGCAUGUUUGAUCUUUUGCACAGCCUCGAGCUCAAUUAGAUUGCAUGCUCUUGAGACAAAUGUGGAAUUAUUGGUAGUUGAUGAAGCUGCUCAACUUAAAGAAUGUGAAUCUUUUAUCCCUUUGCAAAUUUCGGGUCUUCGUGAUGUUAUACUCAUUGGGGAUGAGAUGCAACUACCUGCAAUGGUUGGGAGUCCGAUAUGUAGGGAAAAGAAGUUUGGAAGGAGCUUAUUUGAAAGAUUGGUGUCACUAAAACAUCCGACACUCCUACUUAAUAUCCAAUACAGAAUGCAUCCUGAAAUAAGCCUGUUUCCUAACCAAGAAUUCUAUGGGAACAAGAUUAAAAAUGGCCCAAAUGUCGAUAAAACAAAUUACAACAAGCAGUUUCUUAAAGGAGACAUGUUUGGACCAUACUCCUUCAUUCAUUUAACCCAAGGGAAAGUCGAAUUUGAUAAAACUAACAGUGGGAAAAACAUGGAGGAAGUAGCUGUGGUUGUUGAGUUGAUUACAAAGCUUCAUGAAGAAAGUGUCGCGAAAAACAGAAAGAUUAGCGUGGGUUGCAUAACACCAUACACAGCUCAAGUUUGUGCAAUACAAAGUAAACUUUCAGACAUUUAUGAAGUCAUAAAAGCGGGAAAACGUGAGUUUUCUUUGAAUGUUAAAACUGUUGAUGGGUUUCAAGGGUGUGAAGAGGAUGUGAUAAUCAUUUCAACUGUAACUGGAAUUGCGAGUGGAUCUAUUGGUUUUCUAGCUAGACCUCAAAGAGCAAAUGUGGCUCUAACACGAGCAAGGCAUUGUUUGUGGAUAUUGGGAAAUGGAGAUACGUUGAGGAAUAGCAGCAACACAUGGAGGCGAUUAGUCAACAACGCCAAGGCUCGGGGUUUUUUUUAUGUCGGCAAUGAAGACGAGAGAUUGGCUCAUGUGAUCAACCAAAGGAAUUUAGAGGUUUCAAAGAUGUGGUCAAAGGUGAUGAGAAUGGAUUCUUAUCAAAUGGAAUUUCUGCAAUGA